UCUCACCAACCCGAUCAUUUCCUUCCAUCCUCCUCCCCCCAUCGAAGAAUUUAUCCUCGGAUAUCCCUUCCUUCUCGUCCCAAGCAAUCCCCACUCUUACUUAUAAAAAUACGAUUUUUAGAGAAACAAACCUUCGGUCUAUCAAUCAAUCAAUCAAUCAAAGAACAUCCAUCCAAUCAUGUCCUCAUCCUCAACCCCAAUCCGCACAGUCGUGAUCCUCGUCCAAGAGAACCGCUCCUUCGAUCACAUGCUCGGCUGGAUGAAAUCCCUAAACCCAGAAAUCGACGGCGUCACAGGCUCCGAAUCGAACCCAAUCUCCACCACCGGCCCAUCCUCCGCAACGGUCCUCUUCUCCGACAGGGCCGAAUAUGUCGACCCGGACCCGGGCCACUCCAUCCAAGCCAUCUACGAGCAAGUCUAUGGAGUCCCCUUCUCCGCCGGCGAAACCCCCAUUAACCCCGCCGGCGUCACGCCCCCGAUGAACGGUUUUGUGCAGCAGGCGGAGGGGCAGGAGAAGGGGUUAUCGGAGGCGGUCAUGAACGGGUUUCGGCCAGAUUCGGUGCCGGUUUAUCGGGAGUUGGUGUCGGAGUUCGCGGUCUGCGACCGGUGGUUCGCGUCGCCGUCUUCGACUCAACCGAACCGGUUGUUCGUGCACUCGGCCACGUCGCAUGGGAUGACGAGCAACGUUACGAAGAAGCUCGUUGAAGGUUUGCCGCAGAAGACCAUUUUUGAUUCGCUGGAUGAGGCGGGUUUUGACUUUGGUAUUUAUUAUCAAUAUCCGCCGGCCACUCUUUUCUACAGGAACCUACGUAAGCUGAAAUACAUAGACCGGUUUCACCCAUUUGACUUGAGCUUUAAGAGACAUUGCAAGGAAGGGAAGCUUCCCAACUACGUGGUGGUGGAACAACGCUACUUCGACCUCAAAAUCCUUCCAGGCAACGACGACCACCCCUCCCAUGACGUCGCUGAGGGGCAGAAGUUCAUCAAGGAGGUCUACGAGGCCCUCCGCUCCAGCCCGCAGUGGAACCAGAUCCUCUUCGUCAUCACUUACGACGAGCAUGGCGGUUUCUUCGACCACGUCCCCACGCCGGUAGACGGCGUGCCCAGUCCCGACGGCAUCGUAGGCCCCGAUCCCUUCAAGUUUAAGUUCGACCGCCUCGGCGUUAGGGUUCCGGCCAUCUUUGUUUCCCCCUGGAUCGAUAAAGGAACGGUGGUUCACAGGCCAUCAGGGCCGGAGCUCUCGUCGCAGUAUGAGCACUCUUCCAUUCCAGCGACAGUGAAGAAGAUCUUCAAUCUCAAAGAAUUUCUAAAUAAGCGUGAUGCGUGGGCGGGAACAUUUGACACCAUCAUCAGCAGAACCUCUCCGAGAACUGAUUGUCCACUAACCCUACCGGAUGUGAAGAAGAUGAGGAAAACCGAAGCAGCCGAGGACUCGGAGCUCUCCGACUUCCAGCGAGAACUGGUUCAGCUCGCUGCCGUUCUCAACGGCGACCAUGCGAAUCCAGGCAUCUUCCCCCACGCCCUCCUCCACGGCAUGACUGUGGCGGAGGGCGCCAAGUACACCCAAGAUGCCUUCAAGUCCUUCUUGAAAGAGGCCAAGAGAUGCCGUAAUUGCGGCGCCGACGACUGUUACGUCGUCGCUCUACCGCCGGUUGAUGAAGACGAUGAGAAGGAGGGGAAGAACAAGAAAAAGCCUUCGUGGUAUACUAGGUGGUUGGCUUGCCUUGCUUGCAACCAAUCUUAAGCUCCAUUAGUCUGUGAUUAUGUUAUUUAAUUCAUGUUAAUGCAUGUUAGUAUUGGUUAUUGGUAUUGGCAUUUUAUUGUUGUUCUA